AGGAGGGAGGCGGGAGGCAGCGCGGCCGCCGCCGCCCCGCGGGUGAAGUCCGGUGCGCGCCGGGCCGCCGCGGUCGCCGUUUCCAGCAUGCUCCAAAGAUGGCGGUAGCGGCGGCGGCGGCGGGCGGCGGGCGGGCGCAGCGCAGCGGCUGGCUGGAAGUUUUGGUGCGGGAGCGCUGGCACAAAGUGCUGGCCAACUUGGGCGGCGAGGCGCUGGUGCUGAGCGGCGAGGAGCGCCCCGACGGCGCGGCGCACAACGGCCUGGGCGGCGAUGGGGCGGCGGCGGCGAGCCGCGGGGCCGAGGGCGGCGGCGGCUCCGUGCGCACCGCCUUCACCGACCCCCCCGAGCAGGUGCCCGAGGCCGUCUCCAACAAGAAGCGGUGCGUGAAGGUGCUGAAGCAGGAGCUGGGCGGGCUGGGCAUCAGCAUCAAGGGGGGCAAGGAGAACAAGAUGCCCAUCCUCAUCAGCAAGAUCUUCAAGGGGCUGGCGGCCGACCAGACCCAGGCCCUCUACGUGGGCGACGCCAUCCUGGCCGUCAACGGCACCGACCUGCGCGACGCCACCCACGACGAGGCGGUGCAGGCGCUCAAGCGGGCCGGCAAGGAGGUGCUGCUGGAAGUGAAAUAUAUGAGAGAAGCAACACCCUACGUGAAGAAAGGUUCCCCUGUUUCAGAAAUUGGAUGGGAGACGCCUCCCCCCGAAUCUCCUCGGUUGGGCUGUGCAUCUUCUGACCCACUGUCGCAGCUCUCUCUCUCCAUCCACAGAGACAAAAAAACAAUCCCGCUCAAGAUGUGCUACGUGACACGCAACAUGAUGCUGUCAGACCCCGAGAACAGACUCAUUGAAGUUCAUUCACCUGAUGCCAAGCACACCGUGGUUCUAAGGAGUAAGGAUUCGGCUACAGCCCAGGCCUGGUUCAAUGCCAUCCACUCCAGUGUCAAUGAUCUCAUCCCCAGGGUGAUUGCAGAGGUCAGAGACCAGCUGGGUAAAACAGGGAUUGCUGGAAGUCGAGAGAUUAGGCAUCUAGGCUGGCUUGCAGAAAAGGUGCCAGGAGACAACGAGAAGCACUGGAAGCCCGUGCUAGUUGUCUUGACUGAGAAAGACCUUUUAAUAUAUGAGAGCAUGCCGCGAAUGAAGGAAGCUUGGUUCAACCCUCUGCACACCUACCCCCUGCUAGCAACCAGGUUGGUCCAUUCUGGCCCAGGAAAAGGCUCACCACAGUCUGGGGUGGAUUUGUCUUUCGCAACCCGUACUGGUACAAGGCAAGGGAUUGAAACCCACCUUUUCCGGACGGAGACUAGCAGAGACCUCUCACUGUGGACGAGGAGCGUUGUACAGGGCUGUCACAAUUCUGCAGAGCUCAUCACAGAAAUCACAACAUCUUGCACAUAUAAAAGCCAGGAGUGCCGUUUGACCAUCCAUUAUGAACAUGGAUUCUCUCUUACAACUGAACCACAAGAUGGUGCCUUCUCUAAGACAAUUGCACAAUAUCCCUAUGAAAAACUAAAAAUGUCCUCAGAUGAUGGGAUUAGGAUGCUUUAUUUAGACUUUGGAGGAAAGGAUGGAGAAAUUCAACUGGACCUUCAUUCCUGUCCAAAGCCAAUUGUGUUCAUCAUUCAUUCCUUCCUGUCAGCUAAGAUUACAAGACUUGGUUUGGUGGCAUAAGUGGGAUACACUGUUUCCUCUAAGAAAAGUGGAGCAACCAUGCUAAUCGGAAGUACAGUCAACAUUAGAAACCUGUAACAGCUAGCAGCGUACAUGAGACCGGAGUUCAGUGCUGGGCCUUGGUAAUGUCUGGCAGUCUUCCAAGGCCCAGCUUUCAUUUUGAUCAGCUAAAGAGAUGAUGAAAGAGAUGACGUGAAAAGGAAAACAAUGGAUUUCAUUGUAAAUAACAGGAUUUUUAAAUCCCAUACUGGACAGCAGAAGAGUAUAGUACUUACUAUAUGUGUAAAAGUUUCAGAUUCAUAAAUUGUGCCUAUUUCAGUGUAUUUGUUUAUAUAGAAUAAGUAAAGGGCUAAGCAGAUAAGAGUGGGCACCUGGUUGUAAUGCAAGAUCAAGGUUGCUUGAGAAGUUCUAUAAACAAGAUUGUCCCACCACCAAAAACUCAUGUAUUUUUUUUUCUGUUCUAACCUGUGCACCAUUUAAAUAAAAUUUUUGGCGGGGAUCAGAACCUGUUGCUUGAAUACCCAGCAGAGCAUGCAAAUACGCAUCUUUGAAUAGGAUGCUCUAAAGCAAUACAGAGGUGGUCAGUGAAGAGCUCUGGGGGAGGCGGGGGCGUCCCCUGCUGAGGGGCACUUUCAGAUUAACUGAUAGGACAUCCUGUGCACGUUCCUAGAGAUGAACCCCAAACAAGAGCUGUAGGAAUGUAGCUAGGGCCAGUCUGUCAGUGAGAACAGAGCACAACAGGGUAGGGUAGGCACAUCCUUCACUGAUGAGCACACAGGACAUAUUUUUCAUAGUCCCGUUCCAGAAGGGGUCAAAUAACUUUGAGCUUCAGCUACCCAGGAUCCCAGGCUUAGUUAAAAGUCAGAUGAAUCAUUUUGAAAUGUGACGUAAGCUUCUGACAGCACAUUUCCACUUCAGUGUUUUCCAAGAGAAAGUCAGGCUAAGAGCUUCCUGGCCUCUGACCCCCACCCCACUUCAUCAGCUCUGCUGAUUCUGCUUGUAGAGUUAGCUGUCAAUCAAAUGAUCUUGAUUGAAGAACAAAUUUGGGGAAUGAGGAAGACUUCUUUUUUUAAAGUUUUCUAAAUUUGAACAGAAAAAUUACUCAAGCAGCUCCACAACACUGAGAAAACGCACAGGAGCAAGAACACAAAGCUUUACUGCCAGAAAAGCCUUAAUGCGAAACUGCGCCUGCGAGAGUGACUUGGAGCUUAGACCUUUUACCUGCUGCUAAAUCAGCUACAUUAAGGAACUUAUUAAGAAAGACUUCAUUUUUUUAGUUUAAGUUAACCUUAAGUGCAUUCAGGUGUGAGUCUAGAUGCAUUCCUUGCUGGCAAAACUUGUUUAAGAUGUUGACCCCUGUACCCAUAACUUAUUAUUUCCUGUUCUGCACCACACUCUGUUGGUUUAAGUCAAUACAUGGGACUCACUAAGUCAGCCUGGUUCACAGUUACAGUGGGGACAAAGGGGGCAGCAAGGCAGGAAUGCUGGAAACUGCCUUCACCAUCAAAGAUGAUACACGUAAGCUGCACCUGGAAAUACUCAAUUGGCCUAACAUGGUUGGGUAGGAAGAAAGAGAAAUAGAAUAUGGACUGCAUUGAUAUUGCUCUUAAGUUGUAUGCAGAACUGCUUCAUGUAGUGGGGUUUUUUUGGUUUGCUUUUAAAGUUUUGCCCUAAAUUCACACUUGGAAGGACAGGAACUGUAUAGGAAGUAAUAAAUCAGAAGUUCACAGAAGUUCACUUGUAGUAGUGCAGCGCUUUCAUACUUGAGAAAGCCAGUAAGUUUCAAGUUAAUGUCACUUGGCUGGCAAAGAAAAUUAAAAACACAGUAUGGGUUCCAUGUUGUUUUUAAGCUAAGUCUUGAGAGUUAAUAGUAAGUCAAACUGUUUAUUCACAUUGUAGGAAUUAAUUUCUGGUGUCAUAGGUAUCUAAAUCAUCAAAACUACUUAAAAGUUUAAGAUGAUAGGCUGAAUUCACAAAUACUGAAAAUAAUCAUUUUAGGACAGUAGCUAAAUUGACAUUGGGAGUAGCAGCCCCACUUACAACACCUCCCUGCAAUCAAAAAAAGAGUCAGAAAGAUGAUUUAUGGAGCUGGGAACUUCCGUUUUUUACUGUCACGGUACUUGCAGUUAAAAUUUAAUUCCUUGUCUAAAUUCACAAGUUAGGAGGUAUGUUACAUACCUUACCAAUAAUUUCCAAAAUGUACAUUUCACAUGUAGCUAUCACUACCAGUCACAUAACCUGCUGCAGCAAUUAGUUGGCUGUCCUUCGCUUUGGAAGCUUCUGGGAUAAGAAGCUGUGGUGUAGUUGAUACGUCGCGGGAGCAGGUCUUUGAGUACAGACUCAAAGAUCCCACUGUAAAGUGGUGUGGGCAGUUCUUAGAAAGUGUGUUUCAGGACACUGUGUGCAAACUGUUUUAUUGAUGUUCCAAAGUAUCACUUAAAAAUUUGGACCCAGAUUCCUAUAGACGUUCCAGAAGUAAAAGUGAGAACUUACGCACUGUAGGGUAGGUUAAAUACAUCUGUAAACUGUACUGCACUAUUUCCUUAUUCCUUUAACACUUAAAAAUCACUGGAAUGUUAUACUUAAUAUGUAUGUGCAUUGUAAAUACUACAAAUUCCUAUAUUAGUACAAACAUUUAAAUUACACAGUAUGUAAUCUAAGGUGCUCAGUACUAUAUGAAGUUUAAGUGAAUAACUAAACAGUUUGCAAAGAAAGUUCAUAUUAUAUAUUUAUAGAAAAAAUAUGAUAAUUACAGAUGCUAUUUCUUCAUUUUCAGAUUUUGGACUGAUUCAUAUUUAGAUGGGAUAGACACAUGAAAUAUGGACCUACUCCACAUUUAUAAGAGUAUAGUGAAUAUUUAUAUUUUAGAGGAAAAGAAUAUAUUUAAUAAAGUCAUUUAUUGGA